UGUAAUUGGUUUUGGGUGCAUUCGAUUAUACAUUGUUUUUGUAGGAAAUUGCUGCAUUAGCAGAGUUCUGUCUGGAUGUAACAUGACAACAAGACAAGUUGCAAGACAUAUCCUCCUGACAGGUCCCCCAGGAAUAGGAAAAACAACUUUGAUUCACAAGGUCUGUGAUCAUCUGACAAAAUCGGGUGUGCAGUGUAAGGGGUUCUAUACAGAGGAGAGGAGAGAAGGCAGACAUAGAGUUGGAUUUGAUGUUGUCACAUUGUCAGGGGAAAGGGCACCACUGGCAUCGGUCAACACCAGUGAUGUUCCACAGGGCAGACAGUAUACUGUAGGGAAGUAUGUGGUCCAGCUACAGUCCUUUGAGACAGCUGCGCUACCCACACUGAGGAAAAAGGAAGGACAGCACAACAUCUUUGUAAUAGAUGAGAUCGGGAAGAUGGAAUUGUUUAGCCAGACUUUUGCGAGACUUGUUCGGGACUUAUUGGGCUCGGAGAACACCACGGUGAUUGCUACUAUCCCUAUAGCGAAGGGCAGACCGAUACCCCUAGUGGAGGAGGUCCGGCAACGGUCAGAUGCUGUCCUUUUUAAUAUAUCCCAGUCCAACAGAGAUGCUAUAUUGGGAGAUAUCAUAUCAGCAGUAAUGAGCUCAGUAAAACGUCAUGGAAGUUGAUCAUGUUUGUUUGUUCUGUAUGUACAUCGGUUAUUGAGAAACACAGAGGUGACUAUGUUAUGGUAUUGGGGCACAACGUAUCUGCCAAAAAGGAAAAUAAAAAAAAAAAAAAAAAAAAAAGACUAACAUUACAUGGAGGAUAUCUGUUUACACUAGAAGAUGUUGAAACAAAAGUAGUCUUCCCUUGAUACCGAUAGAUGGCACUAGUCAACAGCACAACCAGAGACCACAGAUACCUGAGCAUUUGUUAUAUUUGGACUUACACUUAGGUGUUCAGAGUAACUUUACAUGUUUGAACCAUAAAACUUGUAAAAGUACUCUGAAAACCUUAGUGUAGACCCAAAUAUAGCUGUAACCCUGUUGUACCAAUGAUGUCAAGACAUACGUUUAGCCGGAGUUUCCUCUGGCCCUAACACCAGAGGAAACUCUGGCUACAAUACUUUGUAAUUGAUGUGUGAGUUACGAAUUUCUGUAUGCCUUUAAGCUUGUAACCUUCUGAAUGGGUUUUUUCUGUACAUUGUAUGACCUUGUGACCAUUCUCUGUACAGGAUGUGACUUUAUGACCUUCUUCCUGUAUCUCUUGUUGUCAUAGAAAUGUUUUCAGUAAGAGAAUAGGACCUUUCAAGAUUACCUUACUCAAAGUCUUUUUGUCUAUUGUCUUACACUGUCCUCCGUAAACAAAUCAAAGUUUUGGCUUCCCAAAACGAGCUGCACUGACGUCAUUGUAUAAUAUCGGAGGAAGUAUUAUGGCCAUAGACUGGAGGGUAAUCAAAUGAUAAAAUAAAUAUGUACCAUUCAAUAUGUAUAAUAAGAAUGAAGAAGUGGAAUAAUUAAAUAUCACCUUGAACUUGGUUACCCUUCAUAAAAGACAAACCAAAAUUGCUGUUAUAGGGUUCGCAUCUCGAGGGACCUGAGGGGUUCGGCCAAAAAUGGAAAAAAUUGGCUAAAAUAUCAAGAUCUAAUUCAGACCUAAAUUUCAUAUUCAAAUUCUUUCAAUGGGAAGCUGGUGUGAAUGGCUUCCAAAGCUGAUAAAAUGGCCUUCACUUCUGUUUGUGAUUUGGUAUAAAACCUUUAUCAAUGGUAAUAAUUCCAAGAGAAUAUUGUGUAAUUCCAUAUUCCAUUAUAAUCAAUGUUAACAUCGGUACACUAAAGAAGACUUGUAAGGACUUUGUUUUCUGACGAUUACCAGCUAUAUAAUGAAAAUAUAUGUGAGCAAUGCCCCAGUCUUAUCUUACUGAAAAGGUGCAUUUAGCAGGAAUGUAAGGUAUAUUCUCAAGAACCAUGUCAGCGAAACUGUCUGGGUAAGAACAUCGUUUUUACAUAGCAGUGACUCGAUGAAUCUUGCAAAUAUACCCUUUAGUAUCCUGUUGGCAAUUUAAUUAACUCAUAACAUGUUAUAUUUUACCUUGCUUACAUAUUAAAUUAACUCGCCACCCUCAACAACCUGAAUGUUAAAUGUUUGGAACCCGGAGUGAUUCCUAACACUGUGUGAUUGUAUGUAAACAUGUACAGUAUGUGUGUAAUGAUAUUAACUUUUGAAUUCAUUUAUCUUUUUCUUGGUUGCCAAAUUUGUUU